AGAGCCGUCCUCAUGUGUUCUGAUGUCUCUCCACCAGCAGCUCUUCAUCCUCCUCCUCAUCCUCCUCUUCCUCACCAGCCGGAGGAUGAGUAAUCCAGUGGGGGAGGGGGGGCAGGUAGUGGUGAGAGGCAGUGAGGGGAGGGGGAAGGAUGCAGCAUCAUCAUCAUCAUCAUCAUCAUCAGGGAACGUGCAGAACGACGGGAUUCAAAACGUCUCCAGCUGCUGAGCUCAGAGCAGCGGACCAGGCUAAUUCCUGACACCCCCACCAUCACUGGGUCAGACUAACUGCUGGAGCACCACGCUGACAGGAAAGGAGACGCAUUUUUCCUGAGCUGCCUGUGGAGCAGCCCUGACUAAUCUUUGGAGAAAUCCGCUGAACAGAGGCUUGUUUCUCUGGAUGUGACCAGACUAAUUCAUGGACUGGAGGCUGACUGACUCAUUCCUUGGUUUGUGGGAGGAGACUACGUCCUGAGCGUAUCCUAGCAGCCCACUCGGUGCCACACCUCCUAAUGUGAUGCUUCAGAGGCUGGGACCCGGCUAAUACCUGGAUCUGUGACAGAGCAUCCCAGAGGCUGGACAGUUUGGACACACGCCUGCUGGGACCUGGCUAAUCUCUGGCAUGUUCUGCUUCUGCCUGCAGAGUUCACUGCUGAAGCUCCAGGCGCUGGAGGUGGAGGGGGGGCCCUCGCUGGGUCCGUCCCCAGAGGACAGCCCUCCUGCCCUGGGCAGCAAGGAGCAGAAGAGUCCCGGAGUCCCACCGGAGCUGGGAGGGAAAGACGGAAAGACGCUGGUUCAGUGUCACAGCGUUCCUUCAGAUGAGAACAGUCCUCCAGAGCUCCUCGCCGUCCUGACCAGACCUCCUCAGUCUCCUCGACACCAGCCGCUGACCUCCAUCCAGCCAGGACAGCAGCCCCUCACCCCCGACUCAGUGCUGCCUCCCAGCCCCCACCACUCGCCCUCGUACCCCCAGAGGGGCAGCCCCGGGGGUGACGGGGGAGGAGAAGGACCAGAUGGAGGUGGAGCUCUCCUCCAGCUGCUGGCAGGAGGUCCCAGCCCCCUGCCCUCCCCUCGAUGCUCCAGCCACAGCCUGAGGUUCAACUCCGACCCCGACUCGGCCCCGUCACCACCCUGCAGCCAGCAGUACAUGCUGUGUCGUGGUCGGGCGGACCGGACCAAGGAACCGGAGGACCAGUGUCCCCCCUCCAUCCCCUUCCUGACCCGACACAUCCAGACCCUGAAGAAGAAGGUCCGAAGGUUUGAGGACCAGUUUGAGAUGGAGAUGAACUACAAGCCAUCACACAACGAUAAAUACUCCAACCCAGAGAUGGUCAGAGUGAUGGGCGAACUGGCCAAGGCUCGGAAGCAGCUCAAAGAGCUCAGACUUCGGCAGUCGGUGUUCGAGUCGAAGGAGUCAGAAAACACCAACAUCUGCAGGUACAACUCUGGUCUGCAGGGGGCAUCAGAGCACAAACCGACUCUGGAGGAAACCGUGGAGUCUCUGUUCAGACGGCUGAGGGAGAAGCGACAGGCUCUGGGUCUCCCCGACAACAUGAAGGAGAUGACCCAGGCCCAGAUGGUUCUGGAGAAGAUCACCCUGCAGAAGUGUCUGCUGUACUUUGAGAGUCUUCACGGCCGGCCGGGUACAAAGCAGGAGAAGACCCUGGUGAAGCCUCUGUAUGAUCGAUACCAGAUGAUCAAACACCUGCUGUGUUCCAGUCCCACCAUCUGCACCAUCGAGGAAGAGGACGGCUCUGACGACGACUCGGCGGCCGAUGAACUUCCUGUCCCGCCUCCUCGUAGAGCGACUCGAUUGGCGGCCGGCGAGGAGGACAGCGACCGAGACAGCGACCCGGCGUUCGUGUCUCCAAUAGAUGAGGUGAAAGCUGUUCGUCAGCAGGCGGCUCUGACCACGGCCAACCUCCACGAAGCCUCCAGGUCUCAGCUGCUCGACUGUCUUCGGGAAACCAGAGCAGAGAAGAAGACGAGACGUAAAGUUCUGAGGGAGUUUGAGGACGAGUUCUACCGACAGACCGGGAGAAUCUGCCAGAAAGAAGACCGCAGUCCCAUGAAGGACGAGUACCAGGACUACAAGCAGCUAAAGGCCAAGCUGAGACUUCUGGAAGUUCUGCUCAGCAAACAGGACGUUUCCAAACCCAUGUGAGAACCUGAAUGUGUUCUAAGACGUUAACCAGCAGAAACCUUCACGUGGUCCCUCUGAAUCAUCCAGCAGAGUUAAUCGACUCGUUCUGCUGAUUAAACGACCAGCAUCGUCCAUCCGUCCUCCACCAUCUGCAGGAAGCCUCGGAUCCUGAAUGUUGUGAACUCGUGUUCCACUUUAACUUUGUGUUUGAACUGAAUGCACUUUAAUCUGUCGAGAAGAAAGAAGAGAACGGGAAGAGUUUGGACGUUUUCAUUGAUCGUAUCCAGACACCGAACCUCCAGAACCCAACAGAACCAAGUCUGAAAGUUUCAUUCUACAAAAAAACUGCAGUUUGGCUUCUUUAGAUCAAUACCGAUCAUAAAGAGAUCAACAAGCAGAAACGAUCUGAGAAAAGAUGUAAAAACUCUCAUUGGGAAUCAAUAAAAACUCACUAAAAGGAAAAUAUAACUUUUGUUUAGCCGUAAAAAUUACUUCUUGAGCAAAAAAACUGAACUUAAACCGUAAAAAAGGCUGAAAUUUGAAUUGUUGGGCUUCAUAGAAUCAGAAAACUGUCAGAAGUUGAAGUUAAAAACAAUCUGAGCUAAAUGAUUUCUUUAAAGUUGUGUGAUAUUGAGAGUUUGUAUCAUUGUAAAAUGAGAAAAGGUGAAAGUUUACAUCUGAAGACCUCUGUUUGUCUUAUUAUGAGUUAAUGUCUAAAAUACUUUAAAAUAAGA